GGCGCCGCGGGGCGCUGUGCGCGUGAGGACAGGGUGGCGGGGGAGCCUGGGGCGACAGAGCCAGGGGCCUGGUAGCAGCUCAGUAGGUCCCGUCCCGGGUCCCUGUCCUCCUAGUCUGUGCCCGGGGCAUGUGGGCCGCUGCUGGGCUGAGAGCUGCGCCCCACAGGCCCUGACCCGACCGCCCACUGCUCGCGCCCUGGGCGCAGGGCCUGGGACAGCGCUGGAGACGGUGUAAGGCCCGAGCUGGAUUGCAAAGCAGGUUCCCCCUGUAACUGGUUCAGGAGGCACCUGGGUGGUGACCUGGACCACGUCGCAGUGUUGCCGGCUCUUCUGAUUUUCAGUGGGAGUCUUGCAAUAAUUGGGGAUAGUUCUUAAAGCCCCAGCUCCUGGAGUCCUGUGACUAUGUGAGAAUCUUUCAUUUUUAAAAAGCACCAUGUCCCAGAAGCAGCGGGAUCUGCUGGAACUGGGGCGGCUUGAAUACUUGCAAGCGCUGGUCACCGAGUUCCAGGUAACAGAGAGUCCAGGAAUUAGAGAGCCCAGCCCAUCUCAGCUGCCUCUUUUGUCACCUAAAUGCUGCUUAUAUAUUGCAGAAGCCAAGGAGCAAGUACUGGCUAAUCUAGCCAACUUCGCCUACGAUCCCAAGAACUACGAAUAUCUCCGACAGCUUCAAGUCCUUGACUUGUUCCUAGAUAUGCUCACAGAGGAUAAUGAGACCCUUGUGGAGUUUGCAAUUGGUGGUCUUUGUAACCUCUGUCUGGAUAAGACAAACAAGGACUAUAUUUUGGAGGCAGAUGGGGUGGCACCUGUAAUAAACUGCUUAUCCAGCUCAAAUGAGGAGACAGUGAUGUCGGCAGUGACUACUCUGAUGUACUUGACCAUGCCACAGUCUCGCCAGCAGACCACGGCACUCCCGGUGGUGGAGUGCAUGUUACGUUUCUCCCUCUCAGCUAACAGGAGGCUAAGCAACCUGGCAAGGGUCUUCCUUGAGGAUUAUUGUUCUCCUGUGCAGGUGGAGGAGGCCAGGAACCUGAGCAAACAUACAGCUGUAGGGAUCCCGCUCCCAAAGGACUGAUGUUGUGCAGAGCAGAGGGAGUAGCUUGAGACUGUUAUUGCGUGAGAAGAGAGAUUCUUGAUUUCAUCUUUAGAGCCCCCUCCACCUGCAGGACUGGUGAAACUAGUGAAAGACAUUGCUAAAAUUCUGCCUCAGUUUGAAAAGGGCAGGUGGGGAGCCAGGACAUGGGUCCAGAAGUCAGGAUUAGCAGCUAAACUGUUGUUAAUACAAAACAUAUUAUGGCUGUUAGAGAGCA